CGAAGCCGCAGCAGCCGCAUAGAAAAAGAAGGCAAUGAAAGCAGCCACGCGCGCCCCCGAUCCCCUCAAUCCCGGCGGUCAGCGCCCACCGGGAGGACGGCAUCUGAUCUCGAUCGCCGUUUAUUUACCCCGCCCACCUCGCACCCACCAUCAUCCAGCACCUCACCUCACGGCGGCGAACGGAGAUGCCAAGGCACUCUGCGGCUUCCCCUAUUUAUACGGCACUCGCGCGCCUCGCCAAUUUCAACAGCGGCCGCCGCGUCCUCCUCGCCUCCAGAAAGACGAGCUCCAGCUCUGCUAGAAGUAGCGCCAAGACCAGACCUUUUCUGUGCCUAGCCCUCUUCCGGAUUCUUGUUGUUGUGACCGCCGUCUUCUUGUUCCCACCAGCGAUCAUGUCUUCGUCUUCCUCCUCGUCGUCGGCGGCGGCCGCGUCCGUGCCGUUUCAGAGCCCGAGGAAGGUGGUCAAGAAGGUGCUGUCCUUGUCCCAGUCCGAGGGGCAGGGCGCCACCGUCCGCCGGAGCAUCGGCGGGCACGAGGUCCGGAACCUGGACCCGUUCCUCCUGCUCGACGAGUUCUCCGUCUCAAAGCCCGCCGGCUUCCCCGACCACCCGCACCGGGGCUUCGAGACCGUCACCUACAUGCUCGACGGGGUGUUCACCCACCAGGACUUCUCCGGACACACGGGCACCAUCAGGACCGGAGAUGUGCAGUGGAUGACGGCGGGGCGCGGCAUCGUGCACUCGGAGAUGCCUGCGGCCGACGGAGUGCAGAAGGGCCUGCAGCUCUGGAUCAACCUCGCCUCCAAGGACAAGAUGAUCGAGCCCCGGUACCAGGAGCUCGAGAGCAAGGACAUCAGCCAGGCCGAGAAGGAUGGCGUGGCGGUGCGGAUCAUCGCCGGGGAGGCCUUCGGGGUGCGGUCGCCAGUCUACACACAGACGCCGACCAUGUACAUGGACUUCACAAUGCAACCAGGUUCGCAGCUCCACCAGCCAAUCCCGGAGGGCUGGAACUCCUUCGUGUACAUCAUCGAGGGGGAGGGCGUGUUCGGCAAGGAGGGUGCAGCGCCGGCGAGCGCGCACCACUGCCUCGUGCUUGGCGCGGGGGACGGGCUCAGCGUGUGGAAUCGGUCUGGCGCACCGCUGCGGUUCGCGCUGGCGGCGGGGCAGCCGCUGAACGAGCCAGUGGUGCAGCAGGGUCCAUUCGUCAUGAACUCGCGUGCCCAGAUCCAGCAGGCCAUGGAGGACUACUACUACGGCCGCAACGGCUUCGAGAAGGCCAGCCAGUGGAGCUCGGCCUGAUUUUCAUCGGUGUCUUGCCGUGAUGAUGAUCAACAUCACGGCGCAUUGUCGUGCAAAACAUUGGGAAGGAAAGGGAAAUUGCAUUGUACCAUUAUAUUGAUGCCUUUGUGUAGAAUGCAGUAGCAGUCUUGUUUUUCUUUGAUUCUUUUCUUUACUUGUUUAUAGGAAAGAAUCUGAUACAAUAAAUGUGUGUAAUGAGGAGGAACUUAUUAAUGAUUGUUUCAUCAUAAAAAGGUGAACUGUUUCAUCA